AAGAUACAGUGUGUUUCAGAAUAAAGUACCGUACACUGGUAAUCUUAAAUAAUUAUUAAGAAAAGUUAAAUAUAAUUUUCCUGUAAAUGUCCCAGUUUUAAUUCUACAGUGUGAUAAAGUGAAUUUCAUACAUACAUAUUUUUCUAAAUAUCUUCCCUUACGAUGGUAAAAUGGUUGCAUGAUCUAUAUAUUUUGGAUAACGAAAUAAUCAAUUUAAAAUUAAACAUCAACAUUCCCAGAGAAUUUUUGAAAAUGAGAAUAGAAACUACUUCUGCGAGCAUUUUAUCUUUCUCAACAGCAAUUUUUAUAUUUGUAGUCGAUAUUUUGUGUUUUUAUCCAACUAGUUUCGACAAAUUUUUCAGUAAUGUUAAUUACUGCGUUCCAACGUUGGCUGCUAACGUAAUGUUUUUAAAAUUUUUUUGCUUGUUACUUGUGUUGAGAAGAAGAUACCAAUGGAUUAACAAAGGAAUUUCGGAUUGGAAAGAUCGAUUUAAUGAUGGUCAUAAUACAGGGAUUUAUGAAACUGAUAUAUUUCUUAUAAAAAAAUUUCAGGCUGUGUAUUUUAAUGAAAAACAUCUAGCUAUGUUGGACAAUCUUCGUAUGAAACAUUUUCGAUUACAUACUUUAACUGAUGAACUACUACAAAUGUUUUCCUCUCCUCUGUUAUUUUCUUUUCUGCAAAUGUUUAUUUCAUUUCAAGUCUACACUCUCUAUUUUAUCAAAUUGCCGACUACGCAAUUUGCCCAAAAAACAACCUCGCUAUAUCAAUUUUUUGGCAAAGGAAAUAUUGUAAUUGCCGGAAUACAGUUGGUUUUCCUAGGCGUUGCAGGGUCUCUGAUAUCUGUAGAGGCUCACAGAACUGGUUCUAUUUUGAAUAAUAUUAAAAGCAAUGCUGAGGCCAUCGAUGAAUAUGUAAAAUAUUUUAUAUGUCAACUUUUUCAUAAUAAAGUAGAAAUAACAGCUUAUAAUAUAUUUGUAAUACGGAUUUCUUUAAUAUUUCAGGUCGCUAGUUCGCUAACAUCAUAUCUAGUACUGUGCAUACAACUACAUAUCUAGAUGGUACAACUACUGCUAUUUCAAAGAAUCACAG